AAACAAGCAUAACAGUAGGGUCGGAAACUGCUGUCAAACUAGAUAAUUUUAUGCUGAAGAGGAGAAUGGAACAUAUCGCGAGCGAGCCUGCUGUGUGUGUGUACUGUGCAGCAGUAUAGCUAGCUAGCUAAGCAGCCAGCGUGGGAGUCUAAUCAGAAGACAGAAUCAUCCGAGUGCAGAAGAUUAAGGAGCCGUGUCAACACUUCUGUUCAGGAUCUUUCAGUUAUCCUGAUCACUUUAUGCAGUGAGUGGAGGGGAAUAAUCGCAUCGCCCGACCAUGCUCACAUUUAAAAAAGGAAGAGCUGCCUCGUGAUUUUACCACCCUCAAGCGAGAGAGCAAGGGAGAAAUCAUCAUCAACCACAGAGCGAGAGGAGAGAUCAUCAUCAACCACAGAGCGAGAGGAGAGAUCAUCAUCAACCACAGAGCGAGAGAUCAUCAGUCACUCACGGAAACGACGCUGAGGACUCGUCACGGCAGACAGGGACAGAGAGACGUCCAUUCCCCUUUCCAGUUAGCUAGCUUCUCAAACCUCCUCGCUUCCUUCCAACGUCCCCCCGGUACUACCCGAGUUGGGCAACCGUAAUCACGCGCCUCCGCCUGGACUGACAACCCCAGAGGAAGAGGGCGAGAGGCACGGCUCCCUCAGGUCCCGACGCUUCGUGGAGAGAAUCGCUGAAAUGAGAUGAGGCUCAGAAAUGGAACGGUUGCGACUGCGAUAAUUUUCUUCACGUCGUUUCUCAGCCUGUCUUGGUACACAUCCUGGCAAAAUGGCAAAGAGAAGUUGGUAGCGUACCAGAGGGAGUUCCAUGCCCUGAAAGAGCGCCUCCGUGUGGCCGAGCACCGGACCCUGCAGCGCUCCUCAGAGCUCAACAACAUCCUGGAGCAGUUCAGACGGGUCAUCGCUGAGACCAACGGCAGCAAGGACGCUCUCACCAACUUCUCAGAUGAGACCCAGAAGCUGCUGAAGGAGCUGGCCAGUAGGAAGCCUCUCCAGGUGCCAAACAUCUACCACCACCUGCCUCACCUGCUCAACAAUGAGGGCAGCCUGCACCCCGCUGUCCAUGUCGGCCUGGGCCGCACCGGAGUCUCCAUGGUGAUGGGUAUUCCUACCGUAAAGCGUAAAGUGAAGUCGUACCUGGCUGAGACGCUACACUCGCUCAUCAACAAGCUCUCACCUGAGGAGAAACAUGACUGUGUCAUCAUAGUCUUCGUAGGAGAGACGGACACAGAAUACGUCCAAAGCGUGGUGACCGGACUGGAGAAAGAGUUUUCUAUAGAGUUCAGUUCAGGUCUGUUGGAGGUGAUCUCUCCUCCUGCCAGCUACUACCCUGAUCUCAAAGACCUCAAAGAGACCUUCGGAGACUCCAGAGAGAGGGUCAGAUGGAGGACCAAGCAGAAUCUGGACUAUUCCUUCCUCAUGAUGUAUGCUGUGAGCAAAGGAGUCUACUAUGUCCAGUUGGAGGAUGACAUUGUGGCCAAACCAAACUACUUUGCCACCAUGAAGAACUUUGCCCUACAGCUCUCCUCUGAGGACUGGAUGAUCCUUGAGUUCUCCCAACUCGGCUUCAUCGGUAAGAUGUUCCAGGCUCCAGAUCUCAACCUCAUAGUAGAGUUUAUCCUCAUGUUCUAUAAGGAGAAGCCCAUUGAUUGGCUACUGGACCACAUCCUCUGGGUCAAAGUGUGUAACCCAGAGAAAGACGCGAAGCAUUGUGAGAGGCAGAAGUCGAGUCUGCGUGUGCGGUUCAGGCCCUCUCUUUUUCAACACGUGGGGCUACACUCCUCUCUGGCCGGAAAGAUCCAGAAACUCACCGAUAAGGACUUCCUGAAGCCCCUGCUCCAUAAGAUCCAUGUGAACCCGCCUGCUGAGGUGUCCACAUCUCUCAAGGUGUACCAGGGCCACACUUUGGAGAAGACCUACCUGGGAGAAGACUUCUUCUGGGCCAUCAAUCCUACUGCUGGAGACUACGUCCUCUUCAAGUUUGACAAGCCCAUCAACAUAGAGAGGUUCCUGUUCCGCAGUGGGAACCAGGAACACCCUGGAGACAGGAUAGAGAACACCACUGUAGAGAUACUGCCCUUCUCGGAAACUGGACCUAAGUCCAAAGAGAAAUACAAGCGAACUGAUGACCGCUUCUACAGAGUCGGUCAGUUUGAGAAGGGUGUGGCUGAGGGGGCUGUAGACACCUCCUUCAACCCGGUGGUGGCGCUGCGUCUCUCUGUCGUCCAAGACUCAGCUGUCUGGGCCAUCCUCAGCGAGAUUCACAUAAAGAGGAGAGCAGGCUGACAAAAAGCGGGGGGCCACAUCAAUCCUGGCCCCCGGCCCCGGGGUGCUCGCAGACGCACCUAAAACUGAUUGACCAGGGGCCUUCUGCCACCUAGCAACCAGCAGUGACAUCAUCAGAGCGCACCAGAGCCGCUCCUCUCAGGGUUUCUAAGGGCGCUGUCACUCGAUUGCUUUCUCUCUAUUUCUGCCUAUCCUUUCCGCUCUCUCUCGCUCUCUUUUUGCGUGAAUGUGAAUACUACUGUACAAAAAAGAGCCAGAUGUAAAAUAUCAGAAGUCAUUUGGUGUGUCCAGAAGAAAUCCGUAUCCAGCUCUGACUGUGGAGGUAACGCCGAUGGCUUGGGACUCGGAGAGACACACCUCAGCUGAUCUGAGAGGCUGAUGUCACCAGGACGCUGGUGUUGUACAUGCUGCUCUCUGCUCCAUGUGCUCUUCCUCUCAGCCUCUCUGAUCUGUUCCACUGAGGUAUUGCACUCACUGGAGCCAUAGUGGAGCCCCCUGCUGGUGACUGAAGAAUGGCUCCAUCAGCCUCAAAGACUUGUUGCUUUUUGUUCUUUUCCACAGAGUUGUGUGUUUUAGGUAAACAGCAGGUAAUAAAUAGACAAACAAGUUGUCAGUCUUUCUUAUGGUGAAGAUAACUGCCUUUAUCACUUCCUUCUUUUGAAGGGGGUUACAAUGACGAUGGCAAACGAAGCAGAACCUAAAUGUGGUUCCCCAUUUUUAAAGUGACAGGUCUGCCAAACUAUGCCCUGGGUAGAAGUCACCCAUAGGUGCAGAUCUUGGAUCAGCUUGCCUUGCUCAAGUCUCAACCCAAACCAUUCUGGGCAAAACACCUGAAACUUACCUAAGAUCUGUGUCUGGGGCAGUUUCAUCCAGUGGAGGCUGCUGAGGGGAGGACAGCUCAUAAUAAUGGCUGGAAUUGAGCAAAUAUAAUGGCAUCAAGCACAUGGAAACCAUGUGUUUGAUGUAUUUGAUACCAUUCCACUGAUUCCACUCCAGCCAUUAUCAUGAGCCCGUCCUCCCCAAUUAAGGUGCCACCAACCUCCUGUGGUUUCAUUUUAUUCCAUGAAAAAUCUUUGCGACUGAAGGAAACCACAUCUAUCUUUCUAGUUCCUGUUUGACAGGAAGUCAGUCUGAAAGACCUCUAGUGUCCUUUAAGUGGUAAACUAAUCAGACUUUGGCCUUGACUUUGCUCACCUGAAGGGAUGUAUUGCUAUAUUCAUUUUGUUAUUAUUAUUACAACGACAAUGACGACGUAUGAAGGUGAAUUAAUUUAUUUCAAAUAAAUAUUUCAUUUGUACAAGAGGUUCAAAGAAAAAUAUUUAUGCUACGGUAGUUGAUGUGUGCGUGCAUGUGUUCUUUUUGUUCCCAAAACGAGCUGCUUGGUAUUUCAUGUUGUCCGCUGGUUGGUUGAGAUAGAGGUUGAAUCGAACUGCUGUUCCAGAGUCAGUUUUUGUAUAACAUUUCUCAGAUGAAGGUUAAAAUGAAGGAGAGCUGACAUCAGAACAGGCCUUAAGCCAGAGAUCCUGACUGAGGUUGUGCUAGAUCCAUACCCAUGUGCCUUAAAGUCCUGCUCCUCCAUAAUGAGUUCCCUUCAUUCACUCCCUUCCCUCUACCCUACAAUAGAGGAUGUUGACUCUUUUGAAGGGAUUUGAUCACAUGAUACAAGAUUUACAGAUGACAGGAGUAACGGUUCCUCCAUAACUCGCCACCAAUUGUACAGUGUGACUCAUGUUUACCAUCAGCAAUGGGGGAUUCAUUCACUUCAUUACAUUUUAUUUUGAUGACUUCACUAUAUUGAAAUUAUAUAUUGAACAGAUGAUCAAAUGCUAUUUCGAACGUUGCACUGAGUUUUCAACUUACAGUUUUGAAUGCUCCAUUCUUUAGUUUUUUGCUGUUGCUGGGCUUUCAUUUGGUUAUGGUUAUGGUUAUGUCAUUUUACACUUCUGACAUCAUCAGUGAGUUCUACCCCAUGUGAUGUCUGAUUCUGUCCAAUCAUUCAAUUGGAGACUGCUGGCAGUGGUUAGACAGGAUGUUGCAUUUAUUCUAUGUGCCAUCUAGUUGCAGACGGAUGCAUUCGUACCAGUGGGGGCUGCUGAGGGGAGGACGGCUCAUAAUAAUGUCUGGAACAGAGCGAAUGGAAUGGCAUCAAACACAUAGAAACCAUGUUUGAUACCAUUCCACUCAUUCCGUUUCAGCUGUUACCACGAGCCCAUUCCUCCCCAAUUCAGGUGCCAUUAACCUCCUGUAAUGCUGACGGCCACGCUCCCCUGGGGGCGCAUCUUAUCUACUCUGAUAUUUACAUUGCUCUUUAAUGCAUAGGUAGGUUCAGGAUAGGUCAAAAUGUGUUUGUUUUUUCAUGAGAAAUGUUUAUACAAUAAGAGAUUUUAUGAAGAUUGAGUUUUUCUAUCAAAAUUCCAUCCAGGUGAGAGAAGAUUGUGAUCGGUUUGAUUGGGAGUGCUAUUUUAAAUGUCAAAGAUGUGCAUGUACGCACGCACGUCCAAUUCUAAAUCAGCCCCUACAUCACAGCACUUAAUGUUGGUCUAGUAGGGUUGGACAACUACAGUAUAAGGAACAAAUCCCAGCGACACUAUCAGAGGGCAAGCUGGUGCCUACCCAAAUCUUUAAAUAAAAACUCCUAGGUAGGAUGAAGACUAGGGGUGGAUUUCGAAAGCGGGCCACUUUGUACCAGGUUUGCUUGUCUGUAAAUGUCCUUUAUUGUGCGAUUGAUUGAUUGGUCAACUUUUUGAAUGGAGCUGGCCCCUCCCCUGAGCCCCCUGGUCAAACCAGACCCUCUCGCUCACACCUGGGCCUUUAUUUAACGAGCGCAACAGAUUAGAACCUUCAGAUAGAAAUCUAUGCUGUAGAUCCGAUAUGAUUCUCUGUGUAGAAAUGGGAAUCGUGCCAGAUCUAUACAUUACAUUUCUAUCUGCAACGCUCUAGCGAAGGAUUUGCAACCUCCUGAAUGAACCUCUUCUUAAGGUGGAGGACGGCUUGAGCAGAGGGGAACACAAACUGUGUUUCUCACUAGUUUAAAGGGGGUUACUUCCAUCCUUUAUUUGUGCCCUUCAUCCACGCUUAUCUAAGAUUGUUUAGAAAAGCAAAAUGGAGGUAAGCCUAUUAUUGAGUCGCUUGCCUAGACCCCAGAGGUAGAUGAAAGAUAAGAGACAGCAAGAAUAUUAAGACAGUCAGGCUCACCCUAUCCCUGCCUGCUUCCACCUUCUCUGUUCUUCCCAUCAGGUCAUGUCAUGUGCCUUCAUCACUUCGUUAGUAUAUCUGCCUCUGAUGAUUCUGACAUGGAUUUACAUGGACAUAAUUGAAAUAAAUCUAAAUGGUUGAUACAAAUCACACCCA